AUGUCGGAAAAUUCAAAAGUGGUAGUUUCGAGCAGUUUCAGUGACAGAUUCGUGAGUAUUUUCUGGAAAUUGAUUUUAAAACGUUAUUUUCCCGUUUCAGUUCGACUUUUUGGAUUACCUGGGUCUUUCGCAGCCGGCCGAUUCGGAAGAAUCCGAGGGAAUCUCAAAAACCGCUCCGGAAUCCGUGGAACCAACUCAGAGGACGUCGGAAGUGGCGCCGGAGGAGAUGAAGGCGUGGGCGGAGAAGGAAAAGAGGGAAAGGCCGACGACGACGUCGACGGAGCAAAUCCAUCCGGAAGAAGAGAUCGGGAACACGGAGCCGCCCGUCGAGGAGCCCAAAGCCACGUGGAUGGAUCGAAUCCAGGCGACGAUGUGGAGAGGAUUCUCAAGAAAUGCUCCCGGAGAGCCGGAGCAACUGUCCGCAGAGGAAAAGUCGAAAAUCGCGCCGGAAAGCGCGGAGGCCAAGAAGACGCAGAAGACGUCGUCGGUGGGGAAAGUGGGCGAAGCGGUGGUGAUGACGAUGGAGUAGUUGCAGGCCGAGUCGCUGAUCGGCUCGAUCCCGCCGUCCGUCUGGACCAAGGAUACUCCGCUUUGA